UUGUGAUGAAAUCCAUGUGAUAAACUUGAAAUAAAUUUGUUUACAUAUUAAAAGAGCCAAGAUGGAUGACAGCUUACAAUUUUAAUUUUUUUUUUCUUUCAAAUUUUUUGUUUAUAUGGGAUGUGACAAUAAUAUAAAUUAAAGAGAAAAAAAUUAAGAACAAACACAGAGAUGACACAAUGAAUACAUAACCCUUCCUGUACACAAUUGGAAGAAAAAAAAAAAAAAAUGACCUGUUCGUCAUCGUUUAACGAUAUAUAUGCCAACUCUAUGCGGGCGGUGAAAGACUGCUGUUUCGCCAAGAUGAGGACGAAAGGAUGCAAACCACCCAUGAGUCAUAUGAAUUACCUCUCUUACUUCCUGCUCAAGUACGAUGGCAUGUUGACUCUACUGUUCAUAGCCAUCAUCGCCUGCAUCAUUGCCAUCAUGCUCGCAAAGGAGGAUGAUCGCGAAGGGCAAACUGAGCAGUAUUCGCUGCUCCACAGGGGCGAAUGCCUGUGCUGGUGGAUACGGCUUGGCCCGGAGCGGCUAUGCACGAAGAUUAUCUGCUGCUUCCUGAAAUUCCUGCGGAAGCUGACGACCUUCCUUCCUGCAGUUUCGGAACACUGGAGAGAUUCAGACGAGAUUGGCUUGGGCGUUUGAAGACAGCGUGUACAGAGGGGGUUAACUACAGAAAAGUUUACAAGAGUUUAAGCGUUAAAUCGCUCCUGCGCCUUCUCCUUGGGUGUGAGAUCGUAGAAGCCAUACUCGAUAUGUUUUGCCUACCGAGGAUCACACCUUAUCUUUGAUUUUACAAAAUUAAAAAUAAUAUAAACGAC